AUGGCUCAUAAAAUUCAUUUAAUAAUUUGUAAUGGAUUAGGCAUUUGGUUAAAAAAAGUAACUGUUAUUCAAGAAAGUGAUACAAAUAUGAUUGAUAUUGAUGAACAUCUAAGCCAAACAGAUAUUGAAAAAUACAAUCAAGGUGAUAGUGAAUUAGAAUCAGCAACAACAUAUAGUCCAACAAGCGAUCCACAAAGCGAUGAAGACGAAUCUGAAGAUGAUGAAGAUGAAGAAAGUGAUCUUGAAGAUAACUUCCAAUAG